AGUAAAAUGUUAGUCCAUUCUGUGUGCGCAGGGUCUGGUGAUUCCUUCCUGAUUGAACAGAACAUGACCUGGUAUGAGGCUCAGAGUUACUGCAGGGAGAACUACACUGACCUGGUCAGCAUCAGGAACGAGGGACAGAAGGAGGAAGUGAAGAACAAAGGGAUGAACAGCACCUCUUCUUACUGGAUCGGCCUCCUGUAUGAUGACUGGGAGUGGUCUGAUGGAGGGAGAUCUGCCUACAGAGACUGGAUGACCUAUUCAAAAAUAGAAGGCAAUGCGGCUGUUUUUUUGGGAAAAACUAUAACCGCUGCGCCAAAAGAAAAUGAUGAAGACUAUACACUCUGCUCUAAAGUUCGCAUCCACAAUAUUGGAGAAAGAAAGUCUUGGGAACAGGCUCUGGACUACUGCAAGAAGAACUACCAUGGACUGCUGCGUAUUGAGACCGAAGAAGACCUGGAGGUGAUCAAGCAGAAGUUUAAUGGGACUGAUUUUACUGGUCCUGUGUGGGUGGGUCUGAGACAGAGCCGUCUCUUUGGGUUCUGGGUCUGGUCCAAUGGGCUGCCAGUGGGGUGGAGUAACUGGGAGGGAGACAGACAGCCUGAACAGCCUCUGUCCAACCACUGUGGUGCCAUGGCAAUGGAGGAGGGAUACAAGUGGAGUGAUCAGGAUUGUCUGUCCAAUCGCUUUUUUAUUUGUGAAGAAGAGUUGUAAUACAUUGCCCUCUUGUUAAUUUAAUUAACUGUCUUUACCAUUUCUCACACUUUUGAUUGAAAUGUGUUUUUUUAGGUUAUUGCUGAUUGAGAUCAUCUUUGACAAAGAUUUUUUUAUGUUUAAGAUUCCAGCAUGCAAUGAAAUGUACAAUAUACCUUGUUAUUGAUAUAACGUGUUAUCAAAAAUCUUUGAGUAAAAUUGUGUGAUAUCUCAGAUAUUGUAAAAAUGUAAAUAAAAAAAUAUAGAUCAUUAUGUCAUGUUAUUCAAAUAUUUUAUUGACUUGUCAUAAUUCAUUUGCCAUUAAGCAAACUAGAUUUACCCAUGUCAUCAUUAUUGUAACUAUGGGUUACUGUAAUUAAAACUCUAGAUAGUCUAAACACAAUUGUAUUUAAUUAUUAGUAUCAUGCAUGUUAACGAUGACUAAGCAAAUAAAAAGGAUAAUAAAGUAAUAUAUUUGAUAUAAUGGACAUUGUAAACAUACUCUCUUCUCCCAAUUUCUGUUCUUACUUUACAAAAAUAAACAAAACAUAAGA